GAGAGAUUUUUUAAAUUUAGAACAAAUUUUAACACCCUUUAAAUGCUGUUUGCCUAAAAUGACUUUAUAUCGAACUGGUACGUCUGCUUUGCUGUUAUUGUGGAUAUUUUAUGCAACUGAAGGAAGUAUAUACUCAUCAAAACUGCUCUAUAAAAAUGAAUGGAUUAAUUUGGAUACAGAAAGGGGCAUCUCUAUCAGGCAAAGUUUACUUCAUUCACGAUCUCGUCGUUCAUCUUCUCCCUCAACUGGUCCAAAAGUUCACAGGUUUGAUUUGAAAAAUGCUACUACUCACAAUCAAGCUCUCAUUCAUUGGUCUGGCGAAAAAAGUUCAGUUGUGUUCAUUUUGACACGAAAGAAGUCGGGAUCUAGUACAAAUAAAGUAACAGACAGCACAUUGUGGAGAUCUUCUGAUUAUGGAAAGACUUACAAAGUUAUGACAAGCCAAUUUCCAGAAGGUGCGAUUUUGAAAAGCUAUUUUGUCUGUCCAACUGACAAAAAGAAAGUCAUAUUUGUGGAUGAUUUUGACCGGUCAAAAAGAAUUUGGAUUUCUAGAGAUGAAGGAGAAACUUACACUAAUGUUACUGUACCUUUCUCUGUUGAAAAACUGGAGUUUCAUCCAGAAAAAAGUGACUGGUUGUUGGGAUAUGACAAACUUAUGCGUGAGUUAUAUUGCUCAUUGGAUUUUGGAACCACCUGGACGAAGUUGGGAAAUGAAGUAACAAGUGAAAGAUACUUCUGGUAUGUUAAAGACAUUGACAAAGGCCCCGACGCAGACAAAAUUGUUCACUUCGAAUACAGAAAUGUUCUUCUACCUUCAGUAAUAAGCAGAAUAUACAAGAUGCGGUCAUGCUACAUUCCUGAUUGUCAUGAUGCACCAUUUCAGAAAGUUUUCGAUAAACUUGAAAAUAUAGAUAUGGAUUCAUUGGUGGUUCAGGAUUCUUAUGUUUUUGCCCAGAAAGCAGGAGCUGCUGUUAAACUUUAUGUAUCAUACAACCGUGGAGAGUUUGUCAGAGCGCGCUUCCCUUUUUAUUCUGGAAAAGCCCAAUCGCACUUUCAUGUUGUCAGUUCUGAUGGAGAGUGUGUCGUUAUGGGAGUCAAUCAUGACAAUGGUUUGACACACUUAUUCUUUUCCGAUCUUAAAGGAGAACAUUUUCGCCAGUCAUUGAGUAAUGUUCGAUAUUACAAUAGAAAAACAUCAGAUAACAAAGUUUACACUGCUGAUGUUCAUGAGGUUCAAGGUAUUGUUGGAACAUAUAUUGCGAAUGUUCAUGCUCCUGAUGGUCAUAACACAACAAGGAUAUCGUGGAAUAAUGGCCAAUCAUGGUCAAAUCUAACUGAUGUUAGGGGUCUCAGCUCCACGAUGUGUAAAGACUGUCGAUUGAAUCUUCAUUUAAUGAUGGAUCAAACAAAAUCUGGAUAUUACAUGCCAGCAAUCAUUUCCAAAAAGAGUGUUCCUGGACUGAUUAUUGCUCAUGGUACAAUCGGUCAAACUGUUGAUGACAACCCAAAUCAUGUCAUGUUGUUUGUAAGUAAUGACAACGGCAGAAGUUGGACAUUGGCCAGGAAACAGCGACAUCUGGUGGUAGUUGCUAAUCAUGGUGCCAUUAUUGUUGCUAUAAGAAUGAUUUUUCUGAAAGCUGUUAAUACUUUGGAUUUCAGUAGUGAUUAUGGUGCAAAGUGGAACACUUAUCAGUUUGCUGAAUCGAAUGAAGCUGUGAAUGUUGAUGGAAUAUUGACAGAACCUGGCGAGAACACACAUUUCCUAACUUUGUUUGGACACAAGACAUAUUCAGACAGUUGGAGAAUAUUUCAACUUGACAUGAGUCCUCUUUUUUCACAUCCCUGUAAAUAUCCAGCUGACUUCAUAAAUAUUACAUUUCCUACUCAAAUCGCUAGCGAUACUUGUCAUCUGGGUUUAAUUCAAAAAUCUGAGAGGCUGAGAGAUGAUUUACAAUGUCUGAUUCCAUCUAAUUACAAGCGCAUAACAACAAAAAAAAUAUGCAAAUGCUCAUUCAAGGACUAUGAAUGUGAUCUGGAAUAUGAAUCAGUUCAUGGACCAGAUGGUCAAUUUUCUUGUAAGAAACAGCGGAUUGGAUUGAUAGACAAUGUCGGUGAAAAUACUUUAGCUGAUUAUGAAACCAACAUUUUUACAACUUGCAAGAAUGGGAAACGUAAUGUGUCUACUGGGAUUCGAAAGAUUCCUGGUGACAAAUGUCAACAUGAAGUUGAGAAUAUUUUCUGGAAAAUUGAAGACUGUAGCCCUCAUACGACAGUUCCUACCACAACUGUAAAUCCUGCUGCCAAUGUUAAAAUUCAACUUGUGAACAAAACCAGCAAUGCCAAAAUUGGAGAAAAUCUUGUCUUUUCUAUUCAGGGUGGAACUGAUGAUGAUGUUAUUUGGCAUGUGCUGAGGCCGCAACCUUUCAGUAAAGCUGAAGAACGUGGCAAGCAAUCUGGGAAUUUCACUUUCCUUCCAGAGGAGCCUGGAAAAUAUAGGGUGCAGCUAUCAUUGAGAGACAACAACAAGUUUUCAAAUAUGAUAAUAGUUGAAUUUUGGUAUCCAAUAGAAAAAGUAUAUCUCUAUCAUCCUCCCGUAGUUGCACAAAAGAAACCGUACAAUGCAAGUGCUUGGACUCAAACAAAAUAUGGUCUCCGAGGCAACAGAUCAUUACUUGGUGAUGUGUCAUAUAUAUGGAAUGUAAAGGCAGAAAAUCCAAUAUAUUCAAGAACUAAUGAAUUAGUUAAUAUAAUGCAUUCUGAAGCUGUUGGUCCAGUUCAAAUCAGUGUUACCGCAGAGAACACAGUCAGCUGGCAAACUACAUCAGGUAGUCUCCAUGUUAAAGAAUACAUAGAAACUCUCGUAUUGGAGAUGGAGUGCACACCAAAAAUGUAUCCAUCAAACAUGACUGGAAUAUGGCUUCAAGAAUUCAGACAAGCGCUCAAAUUGAAGUUGUACACUACUGAUGAAUUUGCCAAGGUUGUCGGUAAAUAUAAUUUGCUGAAUGAAAUCAACAUGUUUGUCUAUGUUCCACCUUCAAACAUCUUCAGGGUAUUUAUUUAUGUUGCACCGAUGGGUAGUGAUGAGACAAAAGAACAUCUUCUAAAAGCUACUAAGGCACUGGAAGGAGCAAUUGCAAAAGCUAAAAUAAACAUACUUCUGUCACAUCAUCAUUCUGUUAAAGUGAAGAAACAUUACAUAAUUGACCAUGAUGGCACCAUUGUAAUUACCUCUGAUUCGCACAAUAGUUCUCCUCAAAAUGGUGGAAUUAUUGCAGUUAUUGUCAUUAUCAUCAUUCUGAUUUGUGUGACCGGAUUCUUCUUGAUACGUAGAUUUGCGAGAAGAACACACAUUGACCGCUAUUUCCACUGUCUGGACCUACGAACACGAAGUUCGGGGUCUUCACAUAUUGUUCGAAGUCAAGACAGGAGCCAUAUUCUUUCUGAAGAAUAUUUUGAUGAUGACCUAGAUACAAUGGAGGGAAUCGGAUCGCAAGGCGCUACACUGAAGUUUGAGGGAUGAUUUUCAACCACUGUCAACUAGUUGGAAAUGUAAUGUGCUGGAAUGCUCCAAGCUUACAAAGGAUUCCCUCAUUGUCGCCUGAAUCAGUUUUUUAUUUAGAAAAUAAUGACUUUUGACUGAUCGAACAAUCAAAUACGUUUUCAUUGAAAUUGAAAUCAAGUGAACUAAACUUGUAUUUUAUUCAUGCAGUCCGACUUGCAUCUGAAAUUGUUGUAAUGUUCAAACGUUUUAUUUAGUGAUUUGAUUUUUCCAUUAAGGAAGGUUUAUUGUUUUUGCAAAUAAGUUCUAUAUUCAUGUUUUCUAAGGUACAAAACUUGGCUUUUUUGAUUGUUUGUGUCUCUUAAUUUUAACUUGAAAUUUGUGUUCUCCUUAAAUAUUUUAGAACUGUUGUCAGAUCGUGCCUUGGGAUGUUUGCUCAACUUUGUGUGCUUGGAUAUAAAACAUUUUCAGUUUUCAUUCUCUUAAUUGUCUAGCUUUUUUGUAAAUAGCUCAAUAAUUUUUAAAUCGUUUUUAAGAUAUAUUUUGUUCAUUUAAAAAAGUUAUGCUGUACUAGCCUGCAGGUUUUGUGGAAAUAUAGUGUUCACCUGUUUUCUAAGUUUUGAAAAUAAUUUUGGUGCCUAAAAGAGUUGGGCUUAUUUAGAAAUUUUAAUAGUAUCAUAUUUGUUUAACCUUGAGAUCUGGAAGACGUCAUAAAAAUACUUAGGGCAGUUUGUGAUAUUGAAAAUGUUUUAGUCAAAUUGAUUUACUUAUGAGAUUUACUAACGAUACCAACUACGAUCAUUUUAACAUUCCCUAUCUUAAUCACUAAAACAGCUAAGCUUUUAUUUUUGCACCUAUGCUAUGCCUAAUCUUUCUUUCUACAAAGUCUAUGGCCCACCACUCCUGAUUUUGGAAGUUAAAAACGCAGAUACCUCUUAGGUGGGGGAUGCUUUCUCACUAGGAUUAAAAUGAAAUUUUAAUUCAAAACUUAAACUUGUGUUUCCUUUUUACCAGACUAAUGUUAUGUAUGUAGCUACAACAAGUCUACUUUAACCCAAGUGAAGCCUAUUUCUUGGUUUUAAAUAUCAGUAUAUAUCAAGAUCCCCAAACAAAAAUAUUAAUACAUCUGUUCUAAAUACUUACUGUAUGCGUCUUGUCGAUCCAAUAUUGUGAAGCGGUACUCCAUUGAGGAAAAUAUGUUAUCUGUAAAUGCUGCUCGGUUGAAAACAUUGAAUUUGUUCAAAUAUGAAGAUAUCUUUUUAUUUAAGAAAGCGCAGUUUCUGUUUAUUCCAGUAACUAUGAUCGAUCAGCAAUCUUACUAGUAAAUUUUUAAUGACAGAAACAAGAUGGUGUUGUUGCGAGUAUUUAGCGUUUAUCAUCCUUUCUUGAAUCGAACCGCAUAAAUUAUCUAGUACAAGAAUUUAGUAGCAUUUAUUCUAAUGCUCAAUUUGAUCAGAUUUCACAUUUUGGUCACCUAUGCAUUUUUGUAUGUUGUGAACAUACCUAGUGCAUAUAUUAAUUCAUGUGGUUAGUUCUGGUCGUGAAAUAUGGAGAUCAAAUUCCCACUGUCAUGAUUUAUGGCUGUCACAUUUCGUUGUAGUUUUCAUUUUUGUGAAGUUAAUGCUGAUAUUUCAAUCUUCUAAUGAGUUGCAACUGGUAAAUUGAAAACGAAACUUGUCAGUCAAACGCGCGAAUUCAUCCAAAUAUGAAAAGAUGAGAGUCCCUAUAUUUUUCCACAAUAUUGAGCAGUUGCUGACUGCUUUCAGGCAUUUGCUUGCUGUUACAGACUUUUCUCAUGAUUUUUCGCUUGUAUUGAUAUUACUGAUGUUGUUUAAUUAAUAAAUCGUGCAGGAAGUGUACAAUGAGCAACAGUAUUUUAUAUUAAUUACAUUUUUCGUUGCGUAGAUCCUGUAUUAUCAACCUAUCAAACAUAAUAAAAUGUAUCCUAUUACAUUUUUAUAUUGUUAUUUACUUUUGUCUUCUCUGUACACAUAUCACUCUAUACUUUUAACUGUUUUUAUUUGUUUGUUAUUAACUGCACAGUGGUCUCUUAAUAAUUUUGAGUAUUAUUAGAUGGAAUUGAUUGAUGCCUUCGAACAUGUUAUCUUAAUAUUUGUAAGUAGAUGUUUUAUAGGAAACUUCGAUGUAGUAUUCUUGCAAUAAUUGACUGAUACAGAGGGUGCUGAAAAGGGGGGAAUACCAUGUUGUUAUCAUUUUCAACUUAUUGAGUGAGGGAAAUGUUCUCAUAUUUGUCGGUAUUUACCUACACUUAAUUCUCAGAUAUAAUCUUCAUAGUCUCAGUAGUCACCUGUAGUUCUGCUCAAAGUAGAUCAGUCUCCAUCUUUGCUCUAAAGAGAUCUUUGCCCCCAUGCUUCUGGAUGAGUGUGUGUGACCUUAAUAUGAGUAAAAUUUCCUAUAAAAAGAAGUAUGUAUGAUCAAAAUAUUUUAUAAAUAGUAUGUAUGUUUUCAUGAACAUGCAACUUUGGUUUUAUAGAUUAGGGCCGACUGAAAACAAUUGUUGACUGUUCAUUUUUUGUUCUUGUUCUGAUAUAUUGUAUAAUACCUACAUAUAUGUAUAUAUACUAAUUAAUUAGGGAACGAUACACAGAGGAAUGAAACAUAUUAUUGCUUUCAUACAUUCUGAAGCUUCUUAUAUAAACAUCUACAGUUGGCGCUAAUGUUUAUUUAACAUGUUUCUUCCUGACUAAUAGUCUUUCAGAAUGUUUACCUUGUUGACAAAUCUCCGUUUUUACUAAUAAUUUUUAGUCGUUGCUUUUAUUUUUUUUUAAAAAAAGUCAGUUGAUGCCAAAUAGCUAUCUGGUUUAGGUUUUAUUAUUUUUACAUGUAUUUUAUACACACAAUUAAAUUGAUUUCUUUUGAGGGCAUCAAAUUUUCAUUUUUUUUCUGUUCUCUUCUUGAGAUUAGGUUAUAGAUGGCUGCUUCCAUACAUUUUUAUAUGCAUUUUCUUUAGGAAGCAUGUGCGGUGUGUGGACAAACUAAAGAAUAUAAGAUAUGAAAUUAAUAGGAUAGAUUCAGAUAUAUAAGAUUGCCAUUCACUUAGUUAUAAUUGAAUACUUUAUACUUUUUUCGGACAUCUCAACAUCGCCCUUUUCGGCGAAGAGAAAUUCUAAAUGCUAUGCCGAUGAUAUAUAUGAAUGUAAAUAACGCUUGAUGUAUUAAAUUUCAUACUAUUGA